GCUCAUUUCAAGAUGGCGGCAGGAGAUCAUGAAUAUUUAUCAUUUGGCACUAACUUAUCUCCAAGGAAGCAGAAUAAACGGAACCAAUGAAUUUUAUUGGUUCAGAAUCAAAAGUCGAAAUUUAUUAAGCUGGGGUUGCCAAUAAUUGCAAAAAUUACACCGUCCUUUAUAAAGGAAAUCGUAUAUUAGUCUGAUUGAACAAGACAAAACUGCAAAAGUCACGAAAGAAAGAUAAAAUAAAGUGCUUCGACUGACGUAAAUCUAUCAAGACUUGUAAACAAUGGCAAAUGUAGCUCAACUCUUUACCUAAGCAACCUUGGAAUGCCGAAGUUAAUAAUGGAAGGAAAAAGAUUAUUUUGGCUCUCGAUUUCCUGGCGUUUCUAGGAGAUAAAGAACGCGAGAAAAGAGGUGGCACACUACUGUCAAAAGAGCGUAAAAAGAACCACAUCGAAAUAGCCAUGAAAAGCAACAGUCUUCGGUAUUUAUUUUCAACCCUCGUCUUUGUCUCUCUAUUAAUCACCCCGACGAAACUCGAGCCAAACCACGGCACUCAGAUCUUCUCUGGUAACCAAUACUGGAAUACUCGCUACCCAAGCCUUGCACAUCCAUCUGACUGGGAAGGAUUUUGGAACGCGCAAACAGAUGGGCGCAAAAUUUACGAAAGAAGUAACAGUUACACACAGAGUGUUCAAUGCACGGGAUGUUCUUGUAAUAAUGCCAAAGGAAUACUAGAGUGCAAUGGUUAUACAGGGAGUACUUUGAUUCUCAAGAACAAGAACAUACCCGUAAUAGAUGAGCUUCCUGUUUCCUUGGUUACCAUGAGUAUACAUUCCAGUAGUUUAACUACCCUUGGUGAGACUGUCUUCCACAACUUAACUUUACUUAAGAGUCUAUCAAUAACACACAAUCCUCUAAAGGAUUUUCCUGAUCUUUCCAAGAAUUCUGCCCUACAAAAGCUUGACUUGUAUAAUAACAAGAUAAAACUGUGGAAUCACAACUAUACUGCACUACCAUCAUCCUUGGAAAGAAUUAUUUUGAUUAAGAAUGAGAUUGACUGGAUCCCAGAUAACUGGUUUAAACUGCCAAACCUGAAAUAUAUUGCUUUGAGCUAUAACAAGCUUAAAACUUUCCCUGGACAUGCAUUCAUCAACUGUGGACAACUGAAAUAUCUGUCAGUUGACCACAACCAAAUAGAAAAGAUUUCAUAUCCAAACCUGGAACCUUUCUUUGGAAAUAAUUCACAGCUGGUUCACCUGAAUGCAAGUAAUAAUGUUAUAACAUCAAUUGCUGGAGAAGCCCUCCUUAACUUUAUCCAUCUAAAAGUUUUAGAGUUGCAUGUUAACAUGAUUGAAACCAUUGGUGCCAAAGUCUUCUACAACAUUCCAGAACUACUGCACUUGGAUCUAAGAGGCAACAGACUUCAGACGAUAACUGCUGAUGGGUACAGCUCUCCCUUCAUGGAUUUGCCCAAGUUAAAGUGUCUAAUUUUGAUGUACCAGCAGAAUCGUUACCAGACACAACAUGUCAUGUAUAAUGCAUUCAAUAAUUUACCAGAACUUGAAGAUCUUUGGCUGACAGACAAUGAGCUAACAAACUUCCCUCAUCCUGCCUUAUCUGGUCGGUCAAUGCCCAUCAAGUAUCUGCAUUUAGAAAAGAACAAAAUAAACUCUUUGACAAGUUUUGCUAGCACAGCUUUUCCUCCUGACCUUCAGCCAUUGCACGGUGGUCUCGAAGCAAGUCACAAACCAUUUGAGAAGCUAACAACUAUACAAAGACUCUUCAUACAUCGUAACGAAAUCUCCACUAUCGAUAAGGAAGACAUAUGGUAUCUCAGUUCGCUAGAAGAACUAUAUGCUGACGUCAAUAAGCUUUCCAAUGCAACUGUUCAUCCUGACGCCUUCAGGAAUUUAACUUCGUUGACGAGACUAGAUCUAGAAGCAAACCAGUUCCAUUACGUACCUCUCGCAAUCACCACGAAGCAAAGAUUACCACAGAUAAGACACAUUGAAUUAUCGUACAACAGGAUAACCUACUUGUUAAAAAGUGUCUUCAGUGAACUCGACACCCUGACAGAAAUACAGCUGGACAGCAACAGGAUAAUAGCCAUUGAAGAUGGAGCAUUUCCUCCAAAUCUGAAUCGAAUAUAUCUCUUUAACAACCUUUUCAAGUUCAAGCACGAAAAUCCAUUUACGAACCUGUCCAAACUAACUAGCCUGGAACUGGGAAAGAAUGCUAUUGAUGUCCUUCCUAAUACUGCCCUCCAUGGUCUAACGAGCCUCACAAGACUAGAUUUAAGCAACAAUAAGCUUGGUCGCAUCAUGAAAGUAGCUUUCAAGGAUCUAACAAGCCUGCGAUACUUAUUAUUGCGCCAUAAUGACCUGACAUACAUCGAGGAUGGGACGUUUGCAGUAAGCACACAUUACGAUGAAAUACUACUGCAUCACAAUCGUCUUACUCGCUUGCCUGCAGGUGGAGACUUUUCCAACAAAAGGAUAGAUCGACUGCGUUUGGACAACAAUCGUUUGACAUCAAUUCCUACUAACACAUUUAUCAAUACAACAUGUGUUGGUAGCUCGCAAUGUAGCUCGGAAGUCCGUGAAGCUUCUCAAAGAGUUUGGAAUUUUCGCUUCAAUCACAUAUCAAAGAUCGAAUCUGGUGCUUUUAACAAUGCAGGAGGGCUUUACUGUUCCAUCCUGUUCACCAAUACCGGACCGCCUAUCAAUCCUCUAACUACCAUUGAGAGCCGUGGGUUUGUCAACGUCAAGGCCUGCUACAUAGAACUUAUGAACCUGCAACUUAAAAAACUUCACACAGCCUCCUUUGUUAAUACAACUACGACUAAUGACAUUGAGUUGCACAACAAUGUUAUCGAUGAGAUCGAUGAAGCAGCCUUUCAGAAUGUUGUCGUGAGGAAUUUGAAAUUAGAAAACAACCGCCUACCAGCAAUAACAGUCAAGAUGUUUGGCGACACAGGCUCGCGAAUUAACCGCAAUUUCCACCUUUCCAACAACAGGAUCAAGACCUUGACAGAGAAGGCAUUUAUUGGCCUUACGUAUUGUAGAUACAUAUACAUGGCUCAUAACCGACUUGUAGCAACGCCUUUCAAGCAGUUCAAACACAUCAACCCAGAGACACUAGAUCUACGAGAUAACCAGAUCCCAACCAUUACCCCUGGUGAACUGGAUGCCUACACUAAUAUACACUGGCUUUACCUUCACAAUAACAAUAUCACAAGGCUGGAUAAAAACCUGUUUAAAAACCAAGGCGCUUUGUAUUUGCUCGAUGUCAGUGGGAACGCCAUCAGUGUGUUAGAGGAAGGUGCUUUUAACAACAUGAAUUCUCUCGAUUAUUUGUACCUUCAGAAAAAUUCCAUCGAAUUUGUUCCUACAUUUCCUUCCUUAAGAAAUCUACAAUUUCUAUACCUAUCAGACAACAAGAUAACCAAUAUAGGGCAGAACGCCUUCGGAGAACUGAGCCGUUUGACAACUCUCGAUAUGAGUGGUUCGAAUCAACUUCAGUGUGACUGCAAUGUGUACAACUCGUUCGUCUCAGUGAUUUCUUCCCUCAAUGCUGGUCGGGCUGCGGUGUGUGCCGGACCACCUCGGGUAGCCGGCGUAAAGUUCUACCCCGGGGGAAGCUACGAGACUACAUACCGUCAGGAAUUCACUUGCUCACCAGUCAACAUUACUGCGUCCGCACCGGCUGAUUUCCAAAUAAGGGUAAAGUGGGACAAGCCAGAUGAACUAUAUCCCGUACAAAACACAACCGGAAACGUGACAACAGAUACCUGGAACCAGACCAAAAUUAUCAACGUGACAUAUACUAUCACUUGUUACAGCGCUGAUGCCCCUAGCGUGACGGGUGUGACAUCUGAUACCUUCUACCUUUUUACUAAGGCUGACGGAGUCAAGGCUGGUACAGAUUACACGUGCUACGUACAGAUGACUGUCGUUGCCCACAACGGUACAGUAGAGGUGGGGAUACCCCUGGGAGUCGUACUAACACGAACCACGCCCCGCAGUGAGGAAACCUCGUUGACUACUGUGGAGGGGAAGGCGCCGACAACAAACACUUCAAUGAACCCUGAGAACUUCUACUUGAAUGCAACUUAUUAUGACUUCCGUUUCUCGGAUAGUGAUUUUGUUGGUGUCAAUUACCGUGAGGACUUCAAGAAUCCCCGUUACAUCCCCUCCCCUUUCGGCAGCUGGCUGGCGAUCUCGUUGACUCCUUCAGCAGACUCAUUCUCAACGUGGUUUCGUUCAGACACCGCUCGCAAUCGCCCGUAUGAUGGAACUAUUGAACUUGGAAAGACUAGUGAAAAGGAUUCCAAUGGACAAGCAAUAUAUCGUUAUUAUAACUCAAAGUUCUUCCCCGUGGACGGACGGGGAUUUGGUGCCGAGGGACAGAGAGAUUGUCAUUCUAAUGCCCUGCGGAAUUAUGGUUUCACAACAGUAGUAAGGGGUACAUUCACCUUUACUGGCAAGGAGGAGUUUUCGUUCGCUGGUGGUGAGGAACUAUGGGUAUUUAUCAACAGACAGAUGGUGGUGCAACUAUUCCAUAAUCCUGGUACAUCUGCCACACCCUGCAGAACACUAUCGCUAGCCCCUGCUGCCACGAAAGGCGGUGGUAUAGUGGUACCAAAGCAAGGUACAGUCACAGGCGGCAAAUGUGUACUUGCGGGCGAUGCAACUGCUGAGCAGUUCAACAUUUCAUUGUUGUUGGGUGUUUCGUACCGUAUAGAUGUAUUCCUGGCUGAACGCUUUCCAUGUGAUUCUCAGUUCUUGUUUCAAAUGAGUGGUUCUUCAUUUGUUAAUCCUGGUGAAUCCAUCAAACCUGUGGAUUAUGUUGUGCAUGUCAGUGAGGAUACACAUGUUGGUUCGGUUAUUCAGGAAUUUGAAAUCGGCGAUGCCUUCACAACAGGGUCAUACUCGGUAGAUCUGCUGACUGGUAACGAAGAAAGACGAUUCGAAAUUCUAGAAGCGGGGUACAGUUCCCCCGCAGCACCUGUUACCCCUGCCCCACCCACUUUUGUGCUGAAUGGAGAGACAAUCAUAUUGUGUGCUAAUGCCACAAAUGACACCAUCAAGCCCAUACCUACCGUUGGUCCAGGUUCAGAGACGUUCUCAAUAUCAACGGCUGUCGGUAAGAUGGUACUAAAGGCUGGACUCGAUUACGAGGCAACGAAGGAGUAUCUGUUAACCAUGAGUGUCACUGAUAAUGGCGCUGGUGUUAGUGGUGAAAUAGUGAUGAAGAUUUAUGUGGAGGAUUAUAACGACCACUGCCCUAUCUUACCCAGUGUCUCGUACGACCUUUAUCCCAUACCACCACUGAGGAAUGAGUCUUUCUUUACUGUAAAGGCAACAGACAAAGAUAGUGGUGUUAAUGGCCAAAUUACCUACACAAGAAGUCAGAUGAUCUCGGCUGUACCUACCAUCAUAGCCAAGAUGUAUUAUGUCCAGAACGGUACAGCCACAGUCUGGUCCAACACUACAGUUGAAUGGAAGCGCAUGUAUUAUAUCUUUGCUGUAGACAAUGGCACACCCAAGCGAGGCGACAGGAUACCCAUGACCAUUAAAUUCAAUGCCACCUGUCAGGAAUUUGCUGAUAUAACUGUAAAUCCAUCCUCUGGUGAAGUGUUCUUCAGAGCACCUGGCAUGACAGUAUCUGAAUAUCCUAAGAAUUCAACAAUCAAACCCAUGUGUCGUCGUUGUCGUACUGGAUUCUAUUGCCCUGGAGAUGGACGGGAGCUUCCUUGUGGAAAAGCCUCCCCUACUGACUAUUCCUUUGGUGCUGCUAAAGAAUGCAGCCCCUGCCCUGAGGGAUGGUUGUGCAAAAAUGGGACUGCGUUACCUUGUCCUGCUUAUACCUACGUCAAGUGUAACACAACGUGGUGCCCUGAUCAGUGUUUUCCAUGCGAGAAAGGAACCGUUUGCUUUGAGGGAAAGAAAUACGACUGUCAACCAGGAACCUACAGCGAUGGAACAGGAUACCCAUGCAAGAUCUGCCCUCCUGGGAGCUUCAAUAACGAGACCAAAGCAGAAACAUGUUACUGUUGUCCUGAUGGCUACAGUAGUACCGUCAUGAAGACCUCUUGCCGUGCGUGUCUGUCUACAGAAACAGCCACUCACUACACAUUCCCUAACUGCUCUCUUUGUCACACAUGUACUUCAGUAGCAGAGUGCCAGUGUCUCGCCAAUCCUUGUGCUGAGGGAGUCACGUGCCGCAACAGAGGUGUUGGUAACUACACGUGUGAAGGAUGCCCGAAUGGAUUCACAGGAGAUGGGAAAUCAUGCAAAGAUAUCGAUGAGUGCAGUAUUGUAUUUCCUUGUUACGAUAACAACACGUGCGUCAACCUGUCUCCUGGUUACCGCUGUGGUGGUUGUCCAGCGGGUUUCCGUGGUAACGCUCCUUCAGGGAUUGGUGUUGAAUAUGCACGAAACCAUAGGCAGACCUGUGUGGAGAUUGACGAGUGUACAGAGGGUGCACACGUCUGUGAUCCCAAUGCACAGUGUAUCAAUACUAUAGGAAGUUAUAAAUGUGGAUACUGUAAUCCUGGGUUUAUUGGUAGUGGUUACGCCGGCUGUGUACCUGGUGACUUUUGUACCAAUGGAACACACACAUGUCACGUGAACGCCAAGUGUAUACAGACUGCUGCUGGCAAAUAUAAGUGUGUGUGUAAAGACGGGUUUGGUGGCAGUGGAGAGGAAUGUAACCCAGAUCCUGAUUUCGACAUGAUUCCUGAUGAUGGUCUAAGUUGUACGCUUCCUAACUGUAGACAGGAUAACUGUCCUGUAGUCCCUAACACAGGACAGGAAGAUAAUGACUCCGAUACUGAUGGCGAUUCUUGUGAUGAUGAUGAUGAUAAUGAUCUCAUUCCUGAUAAACAGGAUAACUGUCAGUUUGAAGCGAAUCUAGGCCAAGAAGACCUCGAGGGCGAUGGCGUUGGAGAUGCAUGUGACAACUGCAGGAAUGUCACUAAUCCAGACCAAAAGGAUACUGAUGGGGAUGGGAUUGGGGAUGCAUGUGACACUGACAGUGAUGGGGAUGGAAUACUGGAUAAAGACGAUAAGUGUAAGUACUUGAACGGUAGUGGAGAUCAGGUGGAUACUGAUGGUGAUGGUAUUGGGAACCUAUGUGAUAACUGCCCGAACGUGCCUAACACAAACCAGCUGGAUUCAAAUCAGAAUGGUUAUGGCGAUGCGUGUGACGGCCCAGGGAAGGACAAAGACGGUGAUGGGGUACUCAAUGACUUUGAUAACUGUGUUGAUCUACCUAAUGGUGACCAGGCAGACGCGGAUGGGGAUAAGAUAGGCGAUGAUUGUGAUGAUAUCCAAGAUGACGAUGGGAUUACCAAUCAGAAUGAUAACUGCCCACUGGUCAAGAACCCGGACCAAAAACACGAUCAAAGAACUUAUGAUGUUAAAGCUCGACCUGUUGGUGAUGCCUGCAUGACAGAUUAUGAUGGUGAUGGCGUCGUUGAUGAUGACGAUGCAUGUCCACGUGUCAAACACAUCAGCAAGACCAGUUUUCUGGAUUAUUUCACUGUAGACUUGUACCCAGGCCAUGGUGAUCCUGAUCCUGUGUGGAGAGUUGGAAAAAAGGGGGUUGACGUAGAACACGUAUCCAAUACCACGCAUCCCGGCAUGCUCAUCGGCGAAACGAGAUACGGCCCAGUAGACUAUAAGGGUACUAUGUACGUCAAGGCGUCGUCAGGCUCUGAUUACAUUGGAGUCGUGUUUGGCUACCAAACAAACAGGAAGUUUUACGUUGCCAUGUGGCGUAAAGAAAAUAUAAACUUCGCUGAUGCCGAUAUUAACGCAGGAAUCAAAGGAAUUCAACUCAAAUUGGUUGACUCGAACACUGGUCCUGGCAAGGCUCUUGCACAAGCCUUAUGGCACUCUUCAGACACGACAAAUCAGAGUACAGUUCUUUGGCAUGAUCCAAAGAUGGCGGGCUGGCAGCAUCAGACGCCAUACCAGUUCCACAUCAAACAUCGACCAUCUGUUGGUAUUAUCAGGUUGAAGAUUUACCAAGGACCAAAGGUCCUCUCAGACUCGGGGGAUAUCUUCGAUACGCAUAUCACCGGAGGUAGACUGGGGAUGUUUGUCUUCGGUCAAGAGGACGUCAUCUGGUCAAGGCUGGAAGCCAAUUGUGCUGAAAGAGCUAACAAAGCACUAUUUUUCGACGGGACUGCCGAUUACGUACAACUUCCUUCAAUUGGUCAGUUAGGCUUAUUAGAAAGUUUUACCAUCACAACAUGGAUCAAGAUGGCUACCAGUUACCCUCUCACCAAUCAACCUAUUAUCUGUACACUGGAUGCUACAUUGUGCUUGUAUCUCAAAAACAGACUUAUCUAUGGUAACGUGGGGUCCGUAGUCACGGCAGGAACAGAAGCCAUCGAACCUGAUGAAUGGCAUCAUCUGGCCUUUAGAUAUGACGCACAGAGAAAUAUUGUCACUCUCUUCGUGAACGGCUCUUCUGUAGGUUCAACCACUAAUGUACAGAAGCCAUCAUUGACGCCAAGCGCCGCUCUUUACAUUGGAAAAGAUCAAACACAUUACUUGGAUGGAACUCUGGAUGACGCCACACUGUGGGGUAUCCAAGUUUCUGAUGAAGAAAUCCAAAGCUACAUGAAACUAGCAGGCCUGCAGUGGCCCAUCCGCAACUACCUUGUACGAGCCCAUUAUGACAUGGAGGACCUUAAGGAUUCUGUCUUGUUGGACAGGUCAGGCAAUAACUUCCGUGGCAACCUGUUUGGAAAGCCAGACCUAAUACCGAGUACCGUGGACAAGAACCGUUUUUUCGUUACUUACCCACAUAACAGACGGCGGCGUAGCAUCCUGUCACCAUGGCAACACACUGAACUUUGAUUGAAUAGUGCCUCCCAAGGAGCUGGGUAUACUGUGGGCUAUUUUGAAAGGAUUACAUAAAACAACAACCAUACGCCAGCAGCUAGACUAAACAAACAAACAACAACAACAACAAAACAAUCUUUAAAAUGUAGUUAUUCUAUAAUUAAUAUAGUUCAGUAUAUCUCCCAAGGAGCUGAGGAUACUGUAGGCUACUUUGAAAGGAUCACAUAAAACAACAACCAUACGUCAAUAGGUACAAACAAACGAACAACAACAACAAAACAAUUUUUUUAAAUGUAGACACUUUCAAAGUCAGAUCGUCGAAAACGUCCCUUCUUAUUUGAUUCUUAUUUGAGAAGGACAUCAUUCAAAAAAAUGUAAUGAAGUCAGGAUUUGACGACAUCCAUGACACUCUCCACUUCAAAACACUUGUAAAAUAAAGUUGAUAUACAUUGGUAGUUAUAAUACAAGAUAUGUAUUUAUUGUUUUAGAGCUUUUAAGAUGUGACGUAUGUCCGGAUCCACUGACUUCUCAUUAAAACUUGAAAUGAUAAAGCGAAAAAGGUUUUCAAUUAAUUAAUCGCCAUCUCAAGCAAUUAGAAAUUAAAUUAAGACAACGAAUCCUCUCAUGAAGAAAAAGGCAAAUGAAAUAUUUUUGUUUUGACCCCGGAAGUCGCUUUCAAUACGAUGGAGGUCACACUUAAAAACUCUAUUAGUCUUUAGUCUUUCAAUAUGCCACCGUGUCAUCGAACAUAAUGGCGGCUAUUGUCUGUAUUUUUUCUUCUUUAAUAAAGAUGAUUUUUUGUUAA